AUGUGGUCUGCUCGAAUUGCUAACCUGGCAAAGCAGCCAAUGCGCCUCGAAAGUCGGUCGUUGGCUCGGUGCCUUUCGUGUUCCAAAAAAUUACCCGUGUAUCACUGGACGCCGUCGCGAACCGCCGCAUUUGCUGCAGCGCUGCGGUCCAAGUCUCCAGCUUUUGUCGAAGAGCUCCAGCCUCUGCCAAAUGUAUCGACGGAUGAUCUGCCUAUCUCUAGUAUGGACGACCGCAAAGUCGCGAUAGGAUGGGAUACGAGGACAUGGUCUCGAUUUCAUCAUAUAUGGCUCCGUGAUCAUUGCCGAUGCGAACGAUGUUUUCACGCGGUCACGAAACAGCGACUCGUAAACACUUUUGAUAUACCCGCCGAUAUCAGGCCAUUGUCUGUUGAAUCCAAGCCGAAUGGAUUACAGGUGACUUGGCCGGCGCAUGUUUCUCUAUACCCGUGGUCAUGGCUACAAGAAAAUUCGUAUGAUCCCCCACUUCGUACGACGGAACCAUUAUCUGGAAAAAUACUGUGGGGUGCAAAAAUACAACAAUCACCGCCAACAGUUUCCUACGAGGAAGUCAUGGCAAACGACGAACUUGGCCUCUUUCGAUGGCUAUCUAACAUUGACAAGUUUGGAUUUUCAUUUGUGUCGGAUGUUCCGCAAACUACAGAGGCGACAGAAAAACUCUCUGAGCGCAUUGGCUUCAUUCGCGAGACUCAAUAUGGGAAAUUCUGGGACUUUACCUCCGAUCUUGCAAGAGGUGACACAGCGUACACUACACUGGCACUCGGUGCCCACACUGACAACACUUAUUUUACUGAUCCUUGCGGCUUACAACUAUUCCAUCUUCUUUCGCACACUGAUGGCUCCGGUGGUGCGACACUACUUGUGGAUGGGUUCUACGUCGCUUCAAUCCUGAAAGAACUCCAUCCCGAAGCCUACUCCCUACUGUCCCGCGUUCCGGUUCCUGCGCAUGCUGCGGGAGAGGCCAAAAAUUUAUAUCACGCCUCACAACCUGUUCUAAACCACGACCCCGAAACAGGUGAACUUUACCAAGUACGCUGGAACAACGAUGAUCGGAGCGUCAUGAACCAUCUUGAUCCACUCGUCGUUGAUCAGUGGUAUGAUGCUAUCAGGAAAUGGAACCAAAACUUGACCAGCCCAGACUCGGAGUACUGGGUCCAGCUGACACCUGGAACCGCUGUCGUUGUCAAUAACCACCGUGUUCUUCAUGGGCGCUCGGCGUUUGACGGCAAACGACGUAUGUGCGGUGCGUACAUUGGUAUCGACGAGUACAACUCUAAAUUCGCUGUCCUGAAAGACAAAUUCUGUCCCGAUACACGGCCAGACGUAGCUAACACUUUCAAAGAUUCGGAUCGUAGUGUAUGGAACCCUUUUCUGUGA